AUGUCCGGUUUCUCGGAGACGGCAAUGCGGGAACGUCUAAGUAAACUUAGGCCCCAGCAGGACUGCAUUAAUACAUUAUCCCUGUGGUUAAUGCAUCACCAUCGACAUACCGACGAUAUUGUACAAAUAUGGCUGAAGGAAGUACGAAAAGAAACGAAUUCAGCUCAAAUUGUGAAUUUAAUUUACAUUGCAAACGAUGUGAUUCAAAAUAGUCGUAAAAAGAAUCCUGAAAUGGCAGUGAAGUUCUACACCGUCCUCGAGCCAGCGUUUCGACAUGCUGCCAAAAUUUCGGGUCCAGAGCUCGAUAAGGCGAUGAUCAAGACUCUCAACGUGUGGAGGGACAGACAGAUCUACAGUGAAGAACAAUUGGCUGCCCCGCCGGCUCCACCACCGGAAUUCGACUCAGAAGCAGUUAGCACUAAUGUCACAGACGUAUUAGAGUCAUUACGCAAACUGGAUUAUCCUCCUAGUGCAGACGCUGAAGUUAGGCAUAAAAUUGCUUCCUACUCUGAAAUGAUUGCAACACCGCAAUCACUUGACACCAUCAAGAACAGCGCACAAGCUAAAAAAUUACUGGAUGAAAUUGCGGAAGCUGAGCCGCUUGUGAAGGAUUACUGUCAAAGGCUAGCGGACGAAAUGCUUGAACGGCGAAACUUGCAAAAACUGUUUGAUGAUAUGAUCACCAAUGUUCGAGCGACGGUGGAUCUCCACGAAGGAUUACUGAAGGAGGUUAGAAGGAAGGAAGAUCGGGCUCGCAGUGAUCUCGCCGAAAUCAGAAAGGCGUUCGAUUCACUCCCAGAUCUUACUGAAGUGACCGAAGAUGCCCCUCUACCAACUCUAGAAAACCUCUUUGAUCUCUAA